AAUCAAAAUCUAAUAAUCGUCGAUGUCAGCAGGGAGGCAAAGCCAUGUGAUUUCUCGGGCAUGUGCUGGUGUUGCUAUCAGAAAACAGAGGUCCCAGAGCUUCUUUCACUCAUUCUAUAUAGCACUUUCCUUGCUAACCCAUUCACUUCCAAAGCCGAACUUACAGAAUCCAAGGAUUGAACUCACUUCUCCCUGCAAGCAGCUACUUUUCCGCAGCGUACUUUCUAAAGCUUUUCAUCACAACCCAAUGGCCAUCCGGUUCCCAAAGAUUGCUUCUUAUGCCAAGCAGAUGGUACGGCAUCGCAUUCUUCUAUCUCCGGAAGGUUCGGAGGUCCCAAAAGGCCAUUUUCCUGUAUAUGUUGGAGAAACUCUCAGGAAGAGAUAUGCGGUUCCUAUCUCCUUCUUGAAGAUGGCUUCGUUCCAGAGCCUUUUGUCCCAGGCCGAAGAGGAGUUUGGCUUCGACCAUCCUAUGGGUGGCGUCACCAUCCCUUGCAAGGAAGAAGAUUUCAUUAGUCUCAACUGCGGUUUCUAAGCCCUUUGGGAGGUGCAGAAGCAGUAGGUCUAGAGGAUCAUCACUGACAUCGACACAAUUUUGUAUCUUUCUGUAUGUUAACCUGAUUAAGUCCAUAAUGUAAAGAGGAAUCGUGUUACCACUGAA